AAUAUUCACUGACCUCCAUUGAUACCCUCUAUCUAGCUCUAGCUGCCUGCCUUUUCACACACAUAAAUCUCUCUCUCUCUCUCUCUCUCUCUCUCUCUCAUAUACUACGUCUGCUGUUGGAAAGUGUCAAGUACCAUUUACAUCUUAUUGUUUCUCUCUUUGGCUGUGUACCUCAACAAUUUAACUUUAAAGGACUCAGACUUAAACAUUUUAAUUAAUCAAUUGAAAUAUAUUCACAUGGAGCCAACAGAGGAGGUCCGAUCCGGUAAAUUAGUCGAAGAAAUCGCCGACGAGUCACUCCGAUUCGGAGAAGAGCUUCAAACCUUGAUGUCCGUGCCUCCGGAAUCCGGUAAUUCUUUCACCGCUCUUUUAGAACUCCCGCCAAAUCAAGCCGUCAAGCUCUUGCACACGCCGGAAAAACUCGCCGGAGAAGCUCAACAGCCAAAACUCUAUCCUUACGCUCCUAUUUUCCCGUCUAAUCCUGCUUUAAUUGACCGAGCUUCGAAAUUCUCUGUUUUCGCGACGGAGAAUUCGCCGGAGAGGAGUUCAAUUCCGGCGAAUUACGUGAAGCAGGAGCCUGUGGAGUCUGAAUCGCAUCGUAAUUCGUCACCAGGAAUGUCUGAUUCAGUGGUUCCGAAUAGUGAUCAAAAGUCGAGUAAGCGGAAAGAGAGGGAAAAGAAGGCGAAAGCACCCUCGAAAAAGAGUAAAAAUGCGGAGAAUGACAAGGAGAAGCUCCCUUAUGUUCACGUCCGAGCUCGUCGAGGCCAAGCUACAGAUAGCCAUAGCUUAGCUGAAAGAGCGAGGAGAGAGAAGAUAAAUGCUAGGAUGAAGUUGCUCCAGGAACUGGUCCCAGGUUGCAACAAGAUUUCAGGUACAGCAAUGGUAUUGGACGAGAUCAUCAAUCAUGUACAAUCUCUACAACGCCAAGUCGAGUUCUUAUCGAUGAGACUUGCUGCUGUAAAUCCAAGAGUUGAUAUCAAUCUAGAUGGUCUCUUUGCCACAGAAGGUGGAUCGAUGAUAGAAAGCAGCUUUCCAGGAGUUUGUAUGCCAACGACCUGUAUGGAAGGACAAGUCAAUGGAAGCAUCAACAGACAGCAAUAUCAACAUUUAUGGCCGUUUGACUUGCUCCAUCAGCCUUCCUGGGUUAGGGAAGAAGACAACACUAACUUUGUUACGCCAGAUAAUUCACUUUUAAGCUAUGAUUCGGUGGCAAAUUCAGCUUCUUUGCAAUCAAACCAGCUGAAGAUGGAGAUGUGAAGAUUGAGGGAAGUCACAGGCAUUAAGGAUAGCUAGAUUGUAUAUAUUGGAUAUAGUAUUAGUAGAUAGUGGAUAAACAGAGGGGACGCCUCUGCGUUAAAUUAGCUUUUGUUGCAACAGUCAGAAUUCCUUAGCUGCUGGGAGAUUUCUAGUAUAUUGUAUCUUUAAUACUAACUUGGAGAUUCAUUUGUUUCGCCAUUUAAGCGUGAAGUGAUUGAUCUCUUAAAGAAGGAAAAGAACAGCCAAGCGGAGAAGCUAUAUAUGUUAUGGAAUAUGUUUGUGGUGA